AUGCCAACGUGGUGGAUUGGUACCGAUACAGCUGGCAGUACCACAACGAACGACAGGAAGGACAUGAAUUUGCUUCCAGACUUCGUUGUCCGCUGGGUUCCGCAGGUAGCGCUACUUGUCGCACAGGAGCAAGCGCACGUCGUGCUCUGUUGCGCCCGUUUCGCUACAUUUGAGUCCAGCCUGCACAUCAUGAACUCCACUGACGCGGCCAAUUUGGAUUGCGGCGACUGGGCAUCAUUGAACGCAGUUCCAGAUUGCCUAGGUCUUCAACUACGUGCCAGAUUGGCUUAUGCAAGUUCUGUGGGAAUGGUACGCUUAAAAUAGAAUGCCUGUUUAAGUCCAAUUUUUUAGGUUCGAAGAAUACAGACUUUGUCACUUGAACCAUCUGCGUAUCUCAUCCUCAAUAAAAAUAAUCCCCUUUCUUGCAUCUUCUUCGCCACCUCUUUGCACCUAUCAUGAUACCCGUCCGCAUCCUUCACAACAGGUGUGCGACGAUCCGCAAUUUCCUGUGCAUUGGUCUUGGUGUAGGUCCUUCCACAAUUUCCUGCACGGCCUUCUCUGCAUGCUUUCGCAACAGCUGCACAGGCUGUGCGUCGGUUUACGUUCUGACGCCCGAUGCUCCUCGUAUGGGCGUUUUCUUAGAUCAAGAACGCCUUGGCCGUCUGUAUGAACACCAUCUUCAACGAGGAUACCUACGACGUGGGGCGCUUAGGAGAGCUUACCAUGCGCGGAAGAUGAAUGAGGAGAAGGCGCGCCAGUAGAUUCCGCCGAAGGACAUCCUGGAUUCAUGGCCGUCGGCGCGAUGAUGAAGAUACUUGGAAAUUCUACUAAUUUAGAUCAUAUAUUCCGUGUUUGUCUUUUUGUUUCAAUCAUUUUGCCCGACCUGUUGGUUCUGAGAGAACGACUGAAGAUGUUUUUCCGAUUGAUGGAGAGCAAAACAAUUUAUUUCAUGAUGUCCUUCCUUUUAUUCCUGAGAUUGCUUAGAACACGUGACCUCCUAUUCCUAUCUUAUUCCUAAUUUUCUUGCGCUUGCACAGGACUUAUUUGGUUGGACAAUUGGGGCACAAUAUUUCAUGAUCACCUUUACUGCAGUCCGAUUUAGUAUGUCACUUCCAAUUGUAUCAUGGCCUUGAAGAAUUGUAUCCAUCGAUCAUCAUGAAUUUGUUUAUUCCUCCUUUGCGUUUGUCAUUCUCUCUGUAUUUUCAUUCUCAACUUCUUGAUAUUUCCUUUGCGCACAUUCCGAGGGUAAAGAGACGACACGCGUGGCUGAGCUGUACACGUUCAUGUCGAUCCCCACCUCUUCCUCAGCACGCUGAACAUGAUAAUAAGUUGACAAAGGCUUACCCCAUUCCGCCCAGUUGCGUCAAAACAACCCUGUAAUCGUCGCCACGACUACCCAACAUGAACACUUGUUUCUUGUUUUUCAUGCCUUGCAUUGACAAUGGUCUACUACCUUUUCGUGCUGACCGC